AUGUUUAAAGGAACUCAUGACGGUGAUUUCGGAAAAGAAGCUGACGCAUCGUUUAGCCCAGAAAAACCAGUAGUAGCACCACCAAAUGACAGAGAUGGGAAUAUAUCUUUUCUUCCAUUGGUCACGUAUUCUGAACCAGAACAGCACAUUAUGGAAUUACUGGCUACUACUAAUCAUGUUCACAAUGCAAUAAUUUUUAAGGUUGAUCAUGUUCCUCAAGACCGAAUUCCUUCGCGUAUGAGAGCAUGGCAUUUUUGUGUCUCAGAUAGCAGGUUGCCAAGCGGAAAAAUUCCAGCUAGAAUAUAG